UCUCAGGUUCUUCUCUGGUUAAAGUCAUUUCAAUAAAAUGAUUGUUGUUUGUUGCAUGGUGCUUGCACAUGUAAUAUAAUGCAUUCAGUAAAAGAUAUAUACAUGAUAUAUAUUAUAAAAAAAUGAAAAAGGUUUAAAAAUUUUGUGUUUGUAUGUGUCACUCAAAAAGAGAUAAUCCUGGCGUUGAAUAUAAUCUUCAAUUUAUCGCAUAAGUUUUUUAUUGAGAUACGCGUCAUUCUUCAUCAAGUGAAUAUAUUUUCGACAGCUAAAUACAAAUCGCAUCUCUCAAAGCCGUACGUUAAUCGUAUUAUUGCACCGAGUUACAAUAUGGACAAGGAGACUAAAGAAGAUCGAAGAGAAGAUAAUUCAAAUGAGGAAAAGCAAAACAUUUCAUCUGAAUCAUUGGAAGAAGUAGAAGAUUAUUCUGAGAUGGAGAGGUUGCGCAGAUAUCUAGCACAAAAGUUAAGAUUUGUUGACCUGCCGGUAAGUGAUCAAAAUGAUGAAUCACAACAAUCAGUUCUUUGCAAACUCGAUUUGGAUGGAAUUGUCGAUUACAUUAAGAAAAAUACAAAUUGUAAAAUCAUCACUAUGGCAGGUGCUGGAAUCUCUACUUCUGCAGGAAUACCAGACUUUCGGUCACCGUCUAGUGGACUUUAUCAUAAAUUAGACAAAUAUAAUUUACCUCAUCCACAAGCUAUUUUUGAGUUACAAUUUUUCAUGAAGAAUCCAGAACCGUUCUUCACUCUUGCGAGAGAAUUAUUACCAGAAGGCUUCAAACCUACAAUAAGCCAUUAUUUUAUUCGUCUGUUGUGGGAAAAAGGCUUAUUAUUACGGCAUUACACACAGAAUAUUGAUACACUAGAACGUGUUGCUGGAUUACCAUCUGACAAACUAGUAGAAGCUCAUGGAACAUUUCACACUGGCCAUUGUCUUAAGUGCCGAGCACCAUAUACACUUCCGUGGAUGAAAGAAAAAAUAAUAGAAGGCGUAAUUCCAAAAUGUGAAGAGUGCAAUGAAGGUGUUGUGAAGCCUGAUAUAGUCUUCUUCGGUGAAAUGUUACCUGAACGUUUCCAAGAACUUGCUGAUCAGGAUUUUGUACAAGCUGAUCUUUUAAUUAUCAUGGGAUCAAGUUUAGUAGUACAACCUUUUGCAUCAUUAGUGGAUAGAGUGCGAACCACUUGUCCCCGUCUGCUCAUCAAUAAUGAAAAAGUGGGUAUGCAAGAUCGUCUGUCACGUUUUUUAGGAUUACGACAAGGUUUGGUAUUUGAUGCCAAGAACACACACGGAGGGCGGGAUGUAGCUUGGUUGGGUGAUUGCGACACAGGCUGUCAACUGCUAGCAGAUAAACUUGGCUGGGGGGAUGAAUUGCGAGCGCUCAUGCAAAGAGAGCACGAAAGUUUGAAAGCAGAGGACAAAAGUGAAAAUUAACCGUUGUUAAUUGAAUAACAAUAAUUGGUAGUGUUUUUUAAUAGAAACAAUAGAUUAUUGUUAUUAAUAUUUUUUCAUUCGAAAAAAAUGUUGAGAAGAUAAAAUUUUACUUAAAAUAAAUGACAGAAAUAUUAUUAAAACUAUUAUAUUAGGAUAAAAUCUAUAAUUUAAUGUAAUUAAUGUGAUUAAUGUAAUUAAUUUAAGAAUAUAUUUAUGAAUAU